AUGUCCCUCACCGCCAUAGCCACCGAGAUCCUCAAGCACGCACAGGCGCUCGACGUCUACAUCGCCGAGCACGACCUGCCGCAGCCGUCGUUCGACCGUGAUGGGCCAGCAAUGUUCCCGCUGCCCGGGCACGCCCCCGACAGCCUCCACAAAGCCCGGACCGCCUUGAUGGACGCCUCCAAGACCAUCUACGAUCUCACGGAGGGCCCGACGAACUCGGUGAUGUGGGGGUCAAUCGCGGUAAGUAACCACUUCACGUCGAUGACGCUGCGCGCGCUGAACAGCUUCUGUGUGGCGGAUGCGGUACCGCUGACGGACGAAGGCGCCUCGUACGCCGAGAUCGCGGCGGCGACCGGCGUUGACGAGGAGGUGAUCACGCGCAUCGUGCGCCACGCCACGACGAUGCGGAUCUUUGACGAGUUCUGCCCGGGCCGCGUGCGGCACACGGCCAGUUCGCGGGCCAUGAAGGAGAAUCAGCUGCUGAAGGAGGCGAUGAAGCCGUGUCUUGAAGAGGGAUUCCAGUCUGCUGCGCAUUUCAAUGAAGCCGUUGCCAAGUUCGGCGGCGUCGAGGAGUGCAAGACUACCGCGUUCAAUAUCGCGUUCGAUACCGACGAUAAUUAUUUCACCUUCAUCCAGCGCCCCGAAGAGCAGCACCGUGGGAAGUACCUGGCCGGCAUGAUGAGGUACAUGUGGAAGUACGGGGGCACCGCGGGGAAGAGCCAUACCGCCGAGGAGGUGCUGGCGGGUUUCGAUUGGGCGAAACUGGAGGGAGGAUUGGUCGUCGAUGUCGGGGGAUCCCACGGCUCGGUCGAGGCGGCCCUCGCCCCACUACACAAGGAGCUCAAGUUCAUCGUGCAGGAUCUUCCGCCGGUCGUCGAGCUCGCGUCCGCCAACUUCAACCAGCUUCUGCCGAAUGCCGAGGAUAAUUGCCGGGUCAGCUUCAUGGCACACAGCUUCUUCGACCCCCAGCCCGUCAAGGACGCCGACGUCUACUUCUUCCGCCACAUCAUGCACGACUGGUCCGACACGUACUGCGCCAAGAUUCUGAAGAACAUCAUACCAUCGAUGAAGAAGGGCGCUCGGAUUGUGAUCGUCGAUUAUGUCCUACCGGAUCCUGGCUCUGCGCCCAAGACACCUGCUGACGGUGAAAACAGAUGCGGAGACUUGUUUAUGAUGAGUCUUCUGGGCGGCAAAGAGAGAGGCGCUGCCGACUGGCACAAGCUGGUGAAGCUGGCGGACGACAGACUGAAGAUUCUGAACAUCAAUUUGCCAGAUAAUCAGGUGUAUGGCGUGAUCGAGAUUGCACUUGACGAGGAAUAG